UUACUGCACUUUACUGGAGAUCUAGACACAUUAACACCUGCCAGUGCGGUGAGUAGCUGACCAAGCCUCAAGGGCGCUAAUAUUACUCAAAGAUGGUUCACGCCAACGCUUCCCGCAUUUCCAUCCAACAAUGGCGACAUGGAACAUCGUGGGCGAGAUUGCCAAUGUCGGCGGCAUUACUUCCAUCGUUCAACUAUCUCUGCAAGUCAUCAUUGCAGUAAAGAGUUAUACUUCAUCCGUUGCGGGGGCAGAGGCUGCACGCAUGAGCCUUCACAACGAACUCCUCUCCAUCAACAAAACCCUCAAUGAGAUAUUUGUCCUCGUUCAGCAGUCCAAUUCUGGCACGUCAAUGACCAAAAUUGACUCGUUUCCUCUGGACAGCGCAUUAAAGGAGUGCGAGGAAACCUUGCGAGCUCUUCGUGAUCGGAUACCGGAGCGCAAGUUUCAGAAGUGGUUUGAUUUACGCCAAACUUCAAGGUCAACAUGGCCAUUUCAACAAGCAGACAUAAUGAAUGCUGUUGGAAAAUUGGAGCGCUGUAAAAGUACCCUUCUGGUGACAAUCUCCGGCGGCCUAUUAUCAACAACGAGGGAGAUCCAACAUGAUAUGAAGGAUGAGGGAGUCAAGAUCAGGAAGGAAGUGACUCACAGGACAGGCGAGGUGACGAACGAGAUUAAGCAAAAAAUCGAAGAGGAUUCAGGAGCGAUUAAAGGGGAAAUUACGGGCGCGAAGCAGGCGAUUGUGAAUAUGGUCAAUGAUGUCGUCGGGCGUAUUAUAGUAAUGCAGGAGAGUGCGAAAAAGGAGCAUCUCGCAAGGUUGGCAUUGAAGCAACAAGAGCAAUUACUACAGUGGCUGGCUGGCUUCGACUGCACUGUCAAACAUGAAUUCGUCUCCACGCAGCGGCAAGAAAACACGUGCACCUGGGUGUUCGAGACUGAAGCGUUCCGUGAAUGGAGGACACCACCAACAGUGCAACGUACUAGUGUCUUGUGGAUCAACGGCAAGCCCGGAGCAGGAAAAACAGUGAUCGCUUCUGCAAUCAUUAACGAGCUCAUGGUCCACGGCGAAACGCUGGUGUAUUUCUACUGCGACUUUCGCCAAGAAAGAACUACAGAUGGAGCUAUUGUUCUACGCUCACUUCUUGUCCAGUUGCUAAGAAAAGUACCCAUGGAAUGGAACUCGGAAUUUUUUGACCUGUUUUGUAGGAAAUCACAAGGGGCCGAAGCUCCCACCAACAUCGACAUCCUAUGCGGUCUCGUCAGCAGGGCUUUGAGACUCCUUCGACGGCCCAUUGCGAUAAUUGAUGCGCUUGAUGAAUGUCGAUGUGAUGAGACGUUCCUCACACGGCUGGUUAGCACAGCAAAUGAGGGUGAUCUGCGACUACUCAUUACCAGUAGGCCAGAGCAAGCCAUUUCCGUUGCACUAUCCGACUUGCCAUCGUUAUCAUUAAGCGAAUACGUCCGGUCGAUCAAGAAUGACAUGGAGCUUCACAUCGGCAAAGAAGUGGAGGCUCGUUCGAGGCUUGCGUCUCUCGCCACAGACCUGAAAUACGAGAUACGAAAUUCACUCUUGCAACAGGCUGACGGAAUGUUCAGCUGGGUGCAAUGCCAAUUGGAUGCCAUUAGUGCUUGCCGAUCUGUUAAGGGAAUAUCAGACUCGCUCAAGAGACUCCCGAAGGGUCUUUACGAAACUUAUGACAGGAUUUUGCUGGAAAUUCAAGAGGCUGGUCCCGAUCGUAGCUCUAUCGUAGAGCGGACUUUGAUGUGGCUGGUCGCUGCUCUGGAACCACUCCACUUAUCUCAACUUGCCGAGGCCUUGAGUAUAGAGAUCGGAAGCACAACUCUCAACCAGGAGCUCAGCGUGAUGUGCCCAACCGAUCUCCUGGAGAUAUGUAGUAGUCUUGUGAGCUUCGACAAGAGAACUGGUGUUGUCACUUUGUCACAUUACAGUGUGCGGGAAUACUUAAUGGCAGGCGAAAAGGCACAGAAGUACCGCCAUCUACUUGAAGAUGCCCACCGAUAUAUUGCCCAGCAUUGCACUCAAUAUCUGAUCACCGAUGAUGUUCUUGACUCCACCCAAACGCGCCCUUUGCUGCGCUAUGCACUCGAUCACGGGCUUGGGGCACAUAUAUCCUCUAUCAUAAUCGAGGAAGACUCGGUGCUUUCUUGUCUAGAGAACCUCCCGAGGCACAUGUGCAUUCGAUAUCCUUGGAAUUCCCGAGUGGCUUAUUCCAAUCCCUGGCAGAUUUGGCUUGCUGAUCCCCAAAGCAUCUGUGACAUUGUCAUUCAUUUUGGCCCCGAGUGGAUGAUCCAGCGGUACCUGCGAGAGCAUCGAGAGUAUUGGAAUCAUGUGCUUCAAUUUGCAAUUAUGGGGGGGUGGACGCAGCUCGCCAAUGUCGUUUUGGGCCUUGGAAGAGAUGUCAAUCUAUCCAUCACAAUUGACCUAGAGACUACCACUCCUGUGAUGUUUGCCCUGCGGCACAGUCCACGGGAACUCCUCGAAUGCUUCCUUAGUAGAGGUGCUCGUCUCUCAGUCGAUGCAAUUCAUAAUGCGCUCGAGGACAGGCAGGAUGUUGAUUCUAACCUCAUUUCAUCGCUCAUUCAGAAUGGGGCGGAUGUUCGUGCUACACACCCAUCUUUCCAAGACAGUCCUCUCCACACUCUCUUUCGCAAGAGUGCUCAGAGUCAGGAAGUGUACCUCGAUGUUACACGUGCACUAGUUGUUGCCGGGUGCGAAUAUCGCACCCGGGAUUUGGCGGGAUUGAUGCCCCUCGAUAUUGUCGCCGUGAACUCAUUACACACGGUCACGGAUUACCUCCUCCAACUGUAUGCUGCCGAUGGGGCGGAAAACGAGCCCCUCUAUCUCGCCAUCAAGCGGCAGUCAUUCUCUUACGUGGAGUAUCUUAUAGGAAGAGGUGCCUACAUUCCUGCGGAUGCUAUCCAUGUUGCACUUCAAUCUACUCAAAUCUAUAUGAGUAGAGUCGUUGCCUCACUCGUCCAGCACGGUGCAGACAUUAAUGCAAUACAUUUGGGUGCUAGCCCUCUCCACAUUCUCCUCGAUCACUGGACUUCGGGAAAUGACUGUCUUGAGACAGCGUACAUCCUCGUCGAAGCGGGGUGCAGCUUAGACGAAACUGAUGAGGCAGGGAAUACGCCCCUCCAUCUUGCCAUCCGCCGCCAGUCGCUCCCUUUUGUCGAGUAUCUUAUCAAAAAAGGUGCUCGCAUCCCGGGGGAUGCGAUUCAUGUUGCGAUUCAUCCUGCUGAGGUCAACUUAAACCCCAACGACAUUUCUACAGUCAUCUAUGAUGACGCAGAUGACAAUGCAUUACACUUACUAGAGCACGUUGCAGAUGCGGAUGUGUCCAGUCCGCCGCUCACGACAUUGGGUAAUCGUUCUUCAUUCCCGUUCCGAUACUGGUCGCAUGAUAGCAACUGCCUAGAAAUUGUCAGAGUCCUCAUUGAUGCGGGAUGCGAACAAGAUGCUGUUGACUCAGCUGGAUACUCGCCCCUGGACCUGGCUAUCACCCAGUCGCUCCCAUGUGUCACGCAGUACUUCCUUCAAAUGGGCAAGCCUGUCCAUGUAAAUCAUCCGGUACACGUUGCGCUCAAUAGCGAUGUACCUACUCCAUGCAUCAACCCGGAUAUUCGUCCUGGACAGGAGCAGUGGGUCGAGCAGCUGUACGCAUGGCAGACAGACUGCCGAUUCCAGACCAUGAGGGCCCUCAUCGAAGCCGGACAUGAUGCCACCAGUCGAUAUUCAGCGGGACAAACACUACUCGGCAUUGCUAUCCAAAGGCGGAUCCCAUCUGCAGUCAACUAUCUCCUCGGGAAACUUGCAUGCGGACAACUCGAUUCCUUCUGUGGAAGUGGACUAGAAGAGCAUAAUGCGGAGGUCAUCAUGGCAUUGCUUCAGAACAGCACCCCACUCCACGCUUUGAUGCGCAACGUAGUUACGGGUCCUGUUGGCAUUCACGACUUCUGCUUUUCAAGCAGGGGGAUCCGCGGUCCAUUCUGCGAGCGCGACUGCGGGGAGAUACUGCUCAUUCUCAUCGACGAGGGUUUUUUAGUCAAUACCGAAGAUUCUUCAGGAAACACACCCCUCCGUAUCGCCAUUCAACGCCGGCUCUUCCUCGUUAUCGAUUAUCUUCUUCGACGGGAUCCAAUAUGUGACGUCGGCGAUGUGCUCGCCGCAUUCGGCACCCAGUCGCACGUGUGGAAACGCCUUCUCCAGAAAUACGUGUUGAAUGUGGACCCUUUGCAUACCCUGAUCUCACAGAUGCAGUGGGAUCAUGUGGUGGAUGGAGACGCUAACCUAGCAAUUAUGAAGAGCCUCGUACAAGCUGGCUGUGAUGUCAAUGCGCGGGACAGCAACGGGAUCACUCCUCUUCAGUAUAUGUGUAAGCUUGAAGUCGAUCGAAGAUACCCUGCGGUCACGGACUUUCUGUGCAAGGAAGGGGCGCUGUAAUGGAAACGGAU